UUUGAGGAAAGACUUCAACUGGGGCUGCCUUCAGAGUUAAAGCAGAAGUAAGAGUAACGAGCAAGUUCUCUUCAUUGAAGGGCAGCCCGCGGCGAAAAUUAGGGUGUUGUGCACAGACGACACGGCACAGUCGUGUGAAGUCAGUCGUGUUGGGCGUGGGGCAGCGAUCAGCAAUCCAAGGCCCCACACGUGCCUUUGACCCAAAAAGUCUUUCGACAUGAGUCAUUUCGUCCCUUACAACGCAAACGAAAUUUUCCUUGAGGUCAGCCUUAGGGGAACUAAGCGCUGACUGUGGGAUACCCACAGAAAUGUCAGACUCGAGUGAUCCCUCGCCCCCGGAGACGCCGGAACUGAUGACGCCGCCAAAUCUCCAUCAAAACUCGGCUGAUCCAUCCGCAGCUUGGCUCGUCCAGAAGUACGGCGGUACCAGUGUCGGGAAAUUUGCUUCGAAGAUCUGUGAGGAAAUUGUACCUAUGUACAUGGACCAGCAUCGCGUGGCAAUCGUAUGUUCCGCCCGGUCGGGAUCGACUAAAGCGUUGGGGACGACGAACCUUCUGUUACGGGCCGCUGGGGAGGCACUGAAGCGUUGUCCGCCCAGUUCUGGAGCUGUACAAGGGACUAUUACGCCAUUCGUGGGGAGGCCAAUUCGUUCGAUGUCAUCCGCAGCCGGUCCGAGUACACGAUCGGUCUCGAUUGCUGCAAGCAGUGACUCCUCCCACUCCUCCCCGCCAAGUCUUGUGCCGUCAACUCCCUUAGAUCAAGUUAACGAUGUUGUGGCUUCCGAAGCAUCGGACCCCUCCCCUCGUUCUGUGCCACUAUCGACAUUCUACAAAAUGAGCACGUAGUAGCAGCCCGAGAAAACGUUCGGGACUCUAAAUUAUUAGGGGAAUUAGAGGCAGAGAUCGAGAGGGACUGUGAUACCCUUAAGAAUUUUCUGUCGGCAGCGCAGGUUGGUAUG